AUGCACCAAAAAGAGCUGGAGUGCAGGGAGAUGUUUUUGAAAGUGUUUCCUCAGUUGAAGGUGCAGCUUGAGGAGCUCAUAGCUCAGCUCCACCAGCUUGCAGACAAGGCAGACCAGGUACACAAAGACUGUACCAUCGCCAACGUGGUGGCCGACUCCACUGGCGUUGUGUCUGGUGCCAUGACCAUACUUGGCUUAAUUCUUGUACCCUUCACGGCAGGGGGUAGCAUGCUACUGACUGGGGCUGGGCUCGGGCUGGGAGCAUUAUCUGCUGGCACCAGUGUGACCUCCAAUAUCGUGGAAAAUGAAAACAUGUCGUCUCUAGAAGCUGAAGCAAAUAAGCUGGAAGCAAGAGGUUUCAACAUACAGACACUAAUCAAAGAAGUCAUGGAAGCUUUACGUGAGAGCGCCAGUGAAGUUGGCCUGGCAAAAACAAGUAUUGGCGUGGUCUACCAUGUUGCCAGGCAUGUCCGUGCCAUCAGGGUGUUGCACAAUAACCUUAGUGCAGCAGCCCGAGUCUCGGUCCGGAAUAGCAGGCUGCUGGAUCUUGUUCUUGGACCCACCGGGAAGUUGAUGGGCAAAGGAGCCCGGGCCGUAGGUGGCCUCUUCACAGCCGUCUUCCUCGUGCAGGAUGCGGUCAACCUUGCGCAAGAGUCAAAGGACUUGCAACAAGGGGCAAAGUCAGAGUUGGGUAAGGAGCUGAGGCAGAAGGCCCAGGAGCUGGAGAAGAUGUUGCGGGAGCUCAACGACAUCUACCAGAAUCUGCAGUGA